GCUGCACCUAGCCAUGACGUCGAUGCCGGCGGAGCUGGAGCUGCGGCAGAGCGCCGUCGGCCGCGGCCAGGGCGUCUGGACCCGGCUCCGGGUCGAGGCCGGCCGUCGGUUUGGCCCCUUCCUCGGCAACUGGACCGUGCAGCCCGUCAACGACCAGUACGCCUGGGAGAUCGUGACUCCCGACUCCGACAUGAAAGGCUACCUGGACGGCAGCGAGUUCGGCAACUGGCUGAGGUUCGUGGCCUCUACGCAGGACGCGAGUCAGCAAAACGUGCAGCACAUCUUGCUGUUCGGAUCGCUUUAUUACGAGACAAUGGUGGACAUUGAACCGGGCACUGAACUUCUUCUAGCAAGGAAGGUCCCUAUUCUCCUGAACAAGCUGAAUGAUUCAGCCAUAGAUAAUUCAGAGGGCGACCGGUCAGAGAGCGCCGACGAGAAGAAGGCGGAGCAGCAGAGGAGGGAGGAGGAACUGAUCGACGAGGAAGAGGAGAAGGAGAAGUGCAUCACCUGUGGCAAGACAUUCCUCUCAAUCUUCGAACUCGACGAGCACGCCGCAGCGGUGCACCACUACCCGGCGGGCGCGUUCAAGUGCGACUACUGCGCGCAGGCGUUCGCGCUCAACGCCAACCUCAUCAAGCACAAGGCCGACCAGCACGGCGAGUACCGCAAGUACCCGUGCGAGAACUGCACGCGCGUGUUCCGAGACCCGGGCGCGCUGCAGAAGCACAUCCGGGCGCAGCACGUGGGCGCGCGCGCGCACGCCUGUCCCGAGUGCGGCAAGACGUUCGCCACGUCGAGCGGUCUGAAGCAGCACACGCACAUCCACUCGAGCGUGAAGCCGUUCCGCUGCGAGGUGUGCCAGAAGGCGUACACGCAGUUCUCCAACCUCUGCCGUCACAAGCGCAACCACGUCGACUGCCGCAAGCAGAUCAAGUGCGGCCGCUGCGGGCAGGUGUUCAGCCACGAGACGUCGCUGACGAAGCACAAGCGCUUCUGCGACUCGGCGCCGGCGCCGCUGUUCGGCGGGGAGAAGCCGCCCGCCGCCCCGAUGACGCUGCCACCCAACGCGAAUCCGCUCAUGUCCUUCUACCCGCGCCCCAAAGACCGCUACUCGUGCAAGUUCUGUGGGAAGAUCUUCCCGCGCUCGGCCAACCUAACGCGCCACCUGCGCACGCACACGGGCGAGCAGCCGUACAAGUGCAAGUACUGUGAGCGCUCGUUCAGCAUCUCGUCCAACCUGCAGCGGCAUGUCCGCAACAUCCACAACAAGGAGAAGCCGUUCCGGUGUCCGCUCUGCGACCGCUGCUUCGGCCAGCAGACCAACCUGGACCGGCACCUGCGCAAGCACGAGCAGGGCGUGGCGAACCUGGGCUCGGACAGCCCCGACUCGACGCACAACGAGCCCGGCUACACGGACGAGAUCCGCAACUUCGUCGACAAGGUGACCGACAGCAGCGCCAUCUAUAACUCGAGCGAUGAUGACGAGGCGCCACCUGGCAAGAGGGCACGCUCCGUGUCGCCGUCGCCCACCAUGGUGCCGAGCUCCUCCCGUCUGGCCUCCAUCGAGCCGACGGGGUCACGGACCGCGCCCCUGGAGCCGUUCGACAGGCAGCUGGACCGUGUGACGUCACCGAGCAGUUAAGCGGGCGCGAGGACCCCGGCGUCGUCCGCCGUGCGGCCGCACCCGCUGUGGGCUAAUGCUUGCAGCCGGAGACGCUGGGCAUGGCUGACGGCGCGGUGGAACGUGGAGGCGUGUUUCGGCGUUCUAGUCUGCGGCAUUGUUUUAUGUGUGCGUGGUCGGCCAGUUUAGAUGGUUAAAGUAUUGUACAUCUGCCCACACUAGUAUUAUGCGUGUACAGAAUGGGAUCAUUCGUGAUUGUGAUAAUGUUGGGGGUUGGUGUUCUCGCUACGUUUCAGUUCCUAUGGAGUUUGUCACCAAAGGUCACGCGUUUGGUUGCGUGAGUCACUUUGACGUGGAAAGAGCUUGUGACAGAUGCCACGAUGCGCUGCCGCACCACUAUGAAGCUUUACGACCCCGGUCCGACAAUGACUAUGACCUCACCUUACACGCCGUGUCGGGUUCACUCUUGUCCCAAAGCGUUCCUCGUGACCGGCUGCUUGGAGUCAUUUUUCAUGGAGUAGAGAACCGACUGUGUAUCCGCAUGCGCUUUUGACAACAUAAUUUUCUAUGGAUGGAAACCUCGGACUGUCUGAACCAGUUUCUGAACGGCACCUGUUGGAUUUGUGUCUUGUUUUAGAAGCUACGAUAGUCAGCGCUCGGCCAGUAUGAUGUGGUGGAUUCGUAUUGAUUCCGUGGCGAGGCGUGUUUAUAUCAAGUGGAACAGCGCCCUCUCAUUUUGCUGUGCCUGGCGUGUGUUGUUUGCCGUGUCCAUGAGGCCCAAACAUAUCUGUUUUCCCGAACGUACAUCUAUUCCGGAUGUAUUAUAGUGCCGUGAGAUUUUAAUAUUAUAUCAGCAAUAAACU